AUGGUUUAUAAGAGGAGAAAAUACCAUGAGGGAGAUACUCACUUGAAAAAGAAGUGGAGGACAAAGCGAAGAACUAAGGAUUUGGAUGAGAUUGACGAGGAUCUUCAGAAAAAUUCAGAAAAACUUCUAAAUCAAGAAGUGGAUUUCGACCGACCAGGUGGUGCCCAACACUACUGUCUGCAUUGUGCCCGAUAUUUUAUAAACGCCACAGCUUUGCAAGAUCACUUCAGGACCAAAGUGCAUAAGCGCAGGUUGAAAGCACUGGAGACUGAGCCAUACACAAUAGAAGAUUCAGAGCGUGCAGCUGGAUUUGGCAGCUUCAAAGCUCCAUCUAAAAGGAAGAUAGAAACACAGCCCUCAACAGAUAAGGAGGAAGCAAUUGAUAAUACAAGUAAAAAAAUGAAAGUUGAUGAUGAUAUUUAA